AUGGUUGGGAGGAAAGCCUAUUUGGCGCUUCUAUUUCUCAUUUUUGUGGUGGCGUGUGUGGAGCCCACCACCAAGCUGCCUCAAAAUGGUCUAGUCAAACCUGCUUGUGAUGACAAAGGUGGUAGUGGUGGUGGCGGCGUCGGAGGCGGAGGCGGUAUUGGUGGUGGCGGUGUGGGAGGUAGCAUAGGCAGAGCCCAUAGUGGUGGAAAGCACCACAAGAAGGGGGAAAAGCAGAAUGGUGGAAGAGGUUCAGGAAUUGGUGGAGGAAUUGGUGGAGGAGGUUCAGGAAUUGUUGGUGGAGGUGGUGGAAUUGGUGGGGGAAUAGGAGGAGGUGUCGGAGGUGGCAUUGGUGGUGGCAUAGGUGGUGGAGGAUUUGGGGGUGGUGGCGGAUUCGGUGGUGGUUUUGGAGGGGGUUCCGGCGAGGGAGCAGGCGGUGGUGCUGGAUUCGGAGGAGGUAUAGGCAAAGGAAUAGGUGGUGGUGGUGGUGGCGGCGGCGGCGGCGGCGGAGCAGGAUUUGGGGGAGGCUUAGGUGGUGGAAAUGAACCGAACAAACCGUGA